AUGAAACCAAUACCUUUCCCAUUCGCUCUAAAUAUCGGCACAGAUAUCGUGCACCUCCCCCGAAUCACCGCUCUCCUCACUCGCCGGGGGAACUACCUCACACGCUUCACCCGCCGCAUUCUCUCCGACCAAGAACAACGCGAUUUCCACCACCGCUUCAAAGACUCCCUCUCCCUCCAAUCACAAGUUAAAUCCUCCAAUCCCUCACCCUCAUUUGUCACAGCCGACAUGACGCGCUGGCUCGCUGGCCGAUUCGCAGCGAAAGAGGCCGCGCGCAAAGCCGCGCCUGGCGGAGCAGCUUCAAUUGGGUGGAAGGAUGUCAUGGUCCGGGUUCAGGAUAGCUCGGACUCAGAUAAUGGUAUCAUUUUGGGAGUUGCGCAAUCACAUCAUACUGAUGGUGUUAGUCGCAAGCCGGAGAUCAUAUAUUUGGGAACUGAGGAGGAUGGGAGUGACAGUCGAGUUGGGCAACUUUCUAUUUCCCAUGAUGGGGAGUAUGUCGUUGCGACUGUCCUGGCAGCGGGAUGA